ACAUCAAAGCUAAAAUGACGACUACAGACUAAAGAAAUCAGUUGUCUUUACCGUCUCGUUGAAGGUGUUUGGUUGAAUAUUGUUGGACAGUGUUUAGUCUUGUGAAUUUGAUUUAUAUAGAAACAUUUUUAUAAUGGCGGGGUUACCUGUGAAAGUGUAUGUGAUCGGAGUUGGAAUGACGAAAUAUUAUAACCCAGGGAGGAGGGACAACUUUGAUUAUCCCCAGAUGGCGGUAGAGUCCGUGGGCAGAGCUAUGGCGGAUGCAAAAAUCGACCGCUCCGAGAUCCAACAGGCCUGUGUGGGAUACGUUUACGGUGACUCAGCAUCUGGACAGCGAGCACUGUACGAGGCGGGUAUCAUGAAUAUUCCAAUCUUCAAUGUGAACAACAACUGCUCAACUGGGUCUUCAGCACUGAUGCUGGCCAAACAAAUCAUACAGUCGGGUAAUGCCAGCUGUGUGCUUGCCCUGGGAUUCGAGAAGAUGGAGAGAGGCUCUCUGUCGUCCAAGUUUGACGACAGAACCAAUCCUAUGGAUAAACAUGUGCAGAAAAUGGUGGAUCUAGUGGGCUUGGACGCUGCACCUCUCACAGCUCAGUUGUUCGGCAACGCAGGGAUCGAACAUAUGGCACGUUUCGGAACCACUCCCCAACACAUGGCUAAAAUCGCAUAUAAGAACCAUAAACAUUCUGUGAACAACCCGUACUCUCAAUUCCAGGAAGAGUACUCUAUGGAUAUGAUCCUCCAAUCACCAAGAGUGUUUGGUCCCCUCACCAAGUUGCAGUGUUGUCCGACAUCUGAUGGGUCAGCAGCUGCCAUACUAGCCAAUGAGGAGUUCGUUAUUCAACAUGGACUCCAAGCAAAUGCUGUGCUCAUUGUGGGAAUGGAGAUGUGCUCAGAUCUACCAACCACUUUCAGCUCCAACAGCCUCAUGAACUUGGUGGGCUACGAUAUGACACGUUGUGCAGCUCAGAAGCUGUUCAGCAAAACCAAUUAUAGGCCGGCAGAUGUGGAUGUCAUAGAACUGCAUGAUUGCUUCUCGGCCAACGAAAUGAUAACUUAUGAGGCUCUAGGACUCUGUCCCCCUGGCCGGGCUGGGGAAUUCAUUGACAGUGGUAACAACACCUACGGUGGGCGUCACGUGGUGAACCCCAGCGGUGGACUGAUAUCCAAGGGUCAUCCACUCGGAGCUACAGGGAUCGCACAAUGUGCCGAGUUGUGCUGGCAGCUGCGAGGACUGGCUGGGAGGCGACAAGUACCCGGAGCUUCCUUAGCUCUGCAGCACAACAUAGGACUGGGCGGUGCCGUCGUUGUCGCUCUUUACCAGAAGGCCUUCCCAGGACCUCAAAUUGGACACUACUUAACCGGUGUUGUUGAGGAUCCUUCGGUCUUCAAGGCCACUCCCCUUUUCGCCGUGCUUGAGGGAGCCAUGAAGGAUGACAAGGAGAACCUCAUUGAGAAAGUACGAGGCAUCUACUGCUUCAAGGUGAAAAACUCUGCAGGGAAUGAGGGGAUGUGGAUCAUCAAUGCCAAGGUUGGCAAAGGCAAAGUGGAAUACAACGGAAAAGAUAAACCAGAUGUCACAUUCAUAAUGAAUGAUGAAGAUGUGACUGACCUGAUCUCGGGGAAACUAAACCCACAGAAAGCCUUCUUUCAAGGCAAGAUCAAGAUCCAAGGGAACAUGGGGCUAGCCCUGAAACUGACUGAACUUCAGAAGAGGGCAUCUAGUAGGAUUGAGGAACUUCGAGCCAAGCUUUAAAUGUGUCUCAUAUAACUUGUUAUAGACAUUCCAUUUUAUUUUCCUGUUUGUUUUGUUAUAAUUUGAUUUAGUUUAUACGUCGUUAUUUGAAAUACUUUGUGGUGCAGUAAUGUGAUUGAUACGUCAUAAAUGUUAUUUUUGUUUCAAUUUUAACUAUCUUGUAUAUAGCAAGCCUAGGCCAAAUAAAUAACUUGUUUACAAAAAAUGUCCUAAAUAUCAGUAUAUGUAAUGAGAACAAAUUAACAGACUUAUGUUUUUAGGGGUUUGUAUUAAAAGUGCUACAAUUAAUGCACAAUUUUUUGCUCAAAGUUUAAGAUAUUUUUUUGUAAAUAAUGUAUUUCCUGAUGCGAUAACUAAAGUAAUACAGUUCCAGCGUUUCCUAAAGAUAAAUCUAAAAACAGUUGUAGUUGAGAUACAGCAGUUUUACCUAUACUUCUACAGGACUACCAACAAUUUUCAGUACUGCCUAUCUUCCUAGUUAGGAAUAACAAACCAUUCUGUAUUAUGAAUUUGAUUGUUUAUGUUCGUUUUACUUAUGUUUGUUUUACUUAGAAAUUCAUGAAUUACUUGUAAACUCUUGUUCCGUCUAUCUCUAUGUUACUUUAGGCUUUUUGUGUGUUUUAAAAUACCCCAUGUGCAAUAUCAGUGUAACAUCUUUUACCUUGGCAGCAUUUAGGCAUUGUGACGUGUGGUGUUCCAUACAAUGAAUUUAGUUUUUAAGUGUCUAUGGAACUGAUAUAGUUAUGUUUAUAUUUUAAUUGUCAAUCCUUAAGCUGGUGUCCCAGUAUCAAAGAAUGGGCUUUUUACAUUGAGUACAUGAAAUAUUUAAUUCAAUCUGGCUUGGAUUAAAUUUCUCUUUAAAUCGUUGUUACUUUUGUUGACCACUAAAAAUAAUUAUCAACAUUCCAUUUUAAUUUGGUUUCUGACCUGGCAUUAAUAUGUAGAAUGGCUUAACCUAGUAUUAACAGUAGGAACUUAACAAUAUGCCCAACAACUCAUCUGUUAAGUUAGUGAAAUGACUAUCAGCUUGAGGAUAUCUAGAAACUGGCCAGUCAUUUCAGCCUGAAAGCCAAUAAGUAAAAUUUGUGUUAAGUUUAUAUUUAAUGGUGAGUCUAAAGAUGUUAAGUACAGUCAAAUAUUUCAGUGUUUCAAAAGAAACAUUUCACAUCUAGGUAAAGGCUUCUGUGAUACAUUGUUGUGUCUUAAUAAGUGUCCACGAAUUAUAUCUACAAAGGGAAUGUAUGACAAGAACAUGUGACUCCUUCUGUAUGAUAAUAUAUGUAAAUUUUAUAUUUUUCUAGAUGUGGUCCUACUUGUGUUUAUGUAGGUAAAGGCUAAUAUUGUUAAUAAAGUUGUGUUAUUUCCAA